CGUCUCCCAAACCACACCUUACCAUUAGAACGGUGAUACGGCGCUGGAAAAAUUUCACUGGGAAAUAAUAGGUCUUACUUGGACCAUAGUUAGUCACUCGCUGGCACUGCGGUGGAUCAAAUCGCGUCUAUUUCAGAGAAGGUCGCUGCCCAUUCAGGACAGAACAGAUCUUCAGCGUUCACCAGUGCGCUUCUACGUUCACCUGUGCAGUUCAACAUCCACCGGUGCAGAUCAACGUUCACCAGUACAGUUCUACGUUUACCAGUGCAGUUCAACGUUUACAGCUCUACGUUCACCAAUAAUUCAGCGUUCACCAGUAGUUCAACAUUCACCAGAGCGCUGCAACGUUCAUCAGUGCAGUUCAACGUUCACCAGUGCACUUCAACGUUCACCAGUACAGUUCAAAGUUAACCGGUUCAGUUCAAAGUUCAUAAUGACGCUGAAAACGCUAAUAUUUUGUCUAUUUCUCCACGUUUCGCACCAGAUACGUAAGUAUUGAAUAAAAAUUUACAGUAAGAAACAUCUAUGAUCAAUUCACCUAUAUAGGUGCGUACAUUUGACAAAAGUCAGUGGCACGUGGCUAUGAAAACGCCCAGGGCCAACCUGGUUAACUACAAGGCCAAACUGUUUAACUCCUAAACCAACCUGUUUCACUCCACGACCAACAUGUUUAACUCCAAGAAAACCCUUUUAAAUCCACGACCAACAUGUUUAACCAACGCGUUUAACUCCAGGGUCAAAUAAUUAGGCUUAAGGGUCAGCCAGUUCAACUCCAGGACCAACCUGUUUAACCAACCUGUUUAACUCCACGACCUACCUCGUAACGUCUAGUAUUGCAAGACAAGGUUUACUCCAGGUGUUUCUAUGACAGUCAGGGGGUCACCGGCCAAAUUAAACAACUUCCAGUGGUCGCCGUUCGCUCCUUGGUGGGAUUCGAUUUUGGAGUCUUAAACAAAAAUGUCGACGACAACUCCUGUCCCACCGGUCAACGUCCUGCACGCGUGACCUGUGUAUAACAUUACACUUUAGGCCGCGACGGGAGGAUGGAAGUAGGAAUCUAAGACGGCCGAGCCACGCUCACAAAUCGACUGUUUAGAGUCAGCGGCGGACGAUUAGAAACAUCCACGAUGAUGAACGAAAUCUGCGGAUGCCCCAAGAGUUCUCGUGCCAAUGUUUCGGGUUGAACCGGUGUCUAGAAAUAACAGGGUCAAAUUGAUGGGCGGAGUUAGACAUGAUUGCAAGGGACGGGAGGGCGCGGUCCAAUAGUAGUUAUGACAUGUAUUUAUGACAUUGAUUUAUGACUAUGCUCAGCUGGAAAUUGAAAAAGCCAAAAAAAGUAUUCUCAGAAAAUCCCUAAGCUGUGUGAUGCACUUUAUUACAAAAAAUAAUAAUAAUAAUCUGACAAAAGGAAAACCUUCCUAAAUUCACACCACGUUGUUAAUGCAUACCUGGUUAGAUAUAAUGUUUCGAAUAUUUACCUACUUCAUACUCCCCCUCCCCCAGCUGACUUCUGCCUCAAGGAUAUGGAGAGUGGACCCUGCCGAGCGCUGCACUCUCGCUACUACUACGACAGUGUGGGCAAGGCCUGCUACAACUUCAAGUAUGGCGGCUGUGGCGGAAAUGAGAACAAUUUCCCCACGAAAGAAGAGUGCGAGGAUAAGUGCAUGGGCGACGCCCUAGUUGGGGUGAGGUGGCCGACCAUCACGAGCAAGUCUAAAGCAGACGGUGAGUCAUGUUUUUCUGUUUUAUUUAAAAAAAAAAAAUUAAAUAGAAUUUCUUACAGGGCAAUAGUUUCAGGACUACAAACCCAGUGUUUAACCGGGGGUAGUUUGUUUUUUAAACCGGGUCCGGGUAUUACAAAAAAAUUUAUCCUCUCCUUUUCUGUAAACAAUAGGCCUACAGAGCGUCCCACACUAUACCUGCCAGCCUUUAAACAAUAGGCCUACAGAGAGUCCCACACUAUACCUGCCAGCCUUUAAACAAUAGGCCUACAGAGAGUCCCACACUAUACCUGCCAGCCUGUAAACAAUAGGCCUACAGACAGUCCCACACUAUACCUGCCAGCCUGUAAACAAUAGGCCUACAGACAGUCCCACACUAUACCUGCCAGCCUGUAAACAAUAGGCCUACAGAGAGUCCCACACUAUACCUGCCAGCCUUUAAACAAUAGGCCUACAGAGAGUUCCACACUAUACCUGCCAGCCUUUAAACAAUAGGCCUACAGAGAGUCCCACACUAUACCUGCCAGCCUUUAAACAAUAGGCCUACAGAGAGUCCCACACUAUACCUGCCAGCCUUUAAACAAUAGGCCUACAGAGAGUCCCACACUAUACCUGCCAGCCUUUAAACAAUAGGCCUACAGAGAGUCCCACACUAUACCUGCCAGCCUUUAAACAAUAGGCCUACAGAGAGUCCCACACUAUACCUGCCAGCCUUUAAACAAUAGGCCUACAGAGAGUCCCACACUAUACCUGCCAGCCUUUAAACAAUAGGCCUACAGAGAGUCCCACACUAUACCCGUGGCUCUUUAUUGGCUAAUAUAAUAGUUGCCUCUGAAAAAAUUCAACCUUUUUAACUGAGUUUAACCUUCACGCAUGACGCUAGCUGCUUGACAGUGUUUUUGUCUCCACUAAUUACUAUAAAAAGGUUUAGAAGGGGGGGGGUGUGAAAAGGAAGCAGCCACAUCAGAAGGGAUUACAAACACCAAUGGAAAGUAGGGGGGGGGGGCACUGAAUAGAUUUGGGUUACAUUUAGCCAUCAUUCUAUCCUUUCAUCUUACCCCCUUCACUCUCUUUCCCCCCCCCUCCUCUCUCUUUCCCCCACUCUCUCGAUCACUCUCAAUUUUUAAGUUCCACGAUGAAAUAGGCCGAAAUAUCCCAUAUCAUCCAUUUCACAACAAAAAAUAAUACUGUUUGCCACAUAAGAUACUUUGGUCACACAAGAUACUUUGGUUACACAAGAUACUUUGGUCACACAAGAUACUUUGGUCACAUAAGAUACUUUGGUCAAACAAGAUUUUUUGGUCACACAAGAUAAUUUCUGUCACACAAGAUACUUUCUGUCGCACGCGACUCCUGUCUUUUUUUUCCCCCAGCCCCUUACUGUUACCUCAAGUCCGACAGCGGCAACUGCAAGGAGUCUCAUACCCGGUACCACUACGACCCGUACUCCCGCCACUGCUACACGUUCCACUACAGCGGCUGCGGCGGCAACGACAACAACUUCGACACGCGGGAAACGUGCGAGAGGAGCUGCACCCAGGUCAAAACGUUAGGUGGAGCAGUCCCCGAACCGAAAGGUGGGUGGCGCGGGGGGGGGGGCUGGGGGUCGGGGGGGGUGGGGGGUGGGGGGGGGGGUUAUUUGACACCGACACCACCACCGUGCUGUUGAUGGUCAUUUUAUAAGGUCAAAGAUUGUUGAAACUUAAAAUGGCAGACGAGCUCUUAGGUGAGUUCAUCUUACGGCUUAAUUCAACAGUAACUGUGUCCAAUAAACUGGAUUAUGUCACAUUGUAACAAUGAAUUGUGUAACAUUAUAAUAAUCUGAAUUGUGGCAUUGUAAUAAUCGGGAUCUCGGUUUGUAGUAAAGUGGAAUUAAUCGAAUUUUAUUUUUUUUAAACACAAUAACUACCAGGUGAAUAUGAUAUUUAUAGAUUCGAUCAGUCAGUUGGUUACAUGAUCGACCAGCAAUUUGUACACAAAUAAAAAUAUACCAAAAACAGCAUGGCUGCAAGCGCCAUGUGAGUAUUCAAUAAGUAUUCACUUCAAUUCAAACUACUCUAUCAGACGACAUCUGCAACCAGAAGGCGGAGAUCGGAGACUGCAAGGCGAUGCACUUCAAGUACUACUACGACGCAACUUCCGGCGCGUGCACCAACUUCUACUACGGCGGGUGCGGGGGCAACGGCAACAGGUUCAACACCAAGGAGGAAUGCGAGGCCAGGUGCAAACCAGGGACACAGGACACCAAGCAGGGGACAGCCUUAGAUGCCAGUAAAGGUAAGGCCAGGUCAUGUGUCAAGUCAUGGGUUCUGAACCAUUUUUUUGUUUUGUUUGUUUUGUUUUUUUUUUGCGGCGCCCCACCGCCAUAUCUGGCACGGAAAAAAAAAAUUCUUUAAAAAACUGCAAAUAAACUUGAUUUUUCAAUGUCUUCCCGCAACCCACCGACACUGCCUCACGUACCACCAGGGGGUUAAGAACCCCUGCCUUAAGCCCCCCCCCCCCCCCCCCCCCCCCCCCCCCAAAAAAAUUCUUUAAAAAACUGCAAAUAAACUUGGAUUUUCAAAGGCUUCCCGCAACCCCCCGGCACUGCCCCCCGGACCACCAGGGGGGUAAGAACCCCGGCCCUAAACCCCCCUCCCCCCCCCCCCCGGGGUUACACAUUUUAAUUGAGUUCGUUCAAUAACUUUAAAUUAAGUAACAGCCACUGAAGACUGAAGACAGUAUUUAAAUGUAAAUAAUUUCACGCCUGAACUCUAAGCCUAAGCCGUCCAGACAUGCAUGCAAGCGUCGCAAAUAUGGCGUCACUUUUACUACUGUAAACAUCUAACAUCUUCGAGCUGGGCGCCACGUGAAUGAGCUGGGCAUCAUGUGAAGCUGGGCACCAUGUGAAUGAGCUGGACACCAUGUGAAACUGGGCACCACGUGAAGCUGCGCACCACGUGAAGUUGGGCACCAUGUGAAUGAGCUGGACACAAUGUGAACGAGCUGGGCACCAUGUGAAUGAGCUGGGCACCAUGCGAACGAGCUGGGCACCAUGUGAACGAGCUGGGCACCAAUUGAAUGAGUUGGGCACUAUGUGAAUGAGCUGGGCACCAUGCGAACGAGCUGGGCACCAUGUGAAUGAGCUGGGCACCAUGUGAAUGAGUUGGGCACCAUGCAAACGAUCUGGGCACCAUGUGAAUGAGCUGGGCACCAUGUGAAUGAGUUGGGCACCAUGUGAACCAUCUGGGCACCAUGUGAACGAUCUGGGCACCAUGUGAAUCACUUUCACUAUCAACUAAUGUGCGCUCUACUGUUUCUAACGAGAAUCUCAACUGACAGGUCACAAGAGUCAAGAGGCGAUUGCCUUUCGAGUGUCCAGAGAGAGAGAGAGAGAGAUGUUUAAAGUCUGAAACCCUCAGUCAUCAGUCCUGUAUGUUUUAGGCUUAUUAUUAUUAUUAUUUAGAAAACCAGAUUUAAGCCUAUGAUACCAUGACCCUCUCUGCACAGGACCCUUGGCCCUUAUCUUAAGCCCUUACUACGCGUCUAGCUCCAGACAUACACUAGCAUUGAUAAGGAGUGUAUUUUAUUAACAAUGUCGGACUUUCACACACUUUACUAUUUUUUUAAUAUCUUUCUCUUUCUCUCUCUCCCUCUCUCUCUCUCCUAUCUCCCUCGGACAGUCAAGGUUUGUUUGAAGGAGCCCGCGACGGGCACGUGCCGGGCCUCCUUGACCAGGUACUUCUACGACCAUAUAACGGGCAAGUGCAGCACCUUCACCUACGGCGGCUGUGGCGGGAACGAGAACAACUUCAUGACAGAGCCGGACUGUGAGUCCGCGUGUGCCGGGGUCAACCUCAAGACACAGCUCCGGUCCGGCGACGGGAAGAACUCCGGUGUGGCACUGACGUCUGACGUAGUGCUGUCACGGGUGUCUUUUGUGCUGUGUUUGUUUUGGAGUGUAGCCUCACGUUUACAGUUGUCUUGAUAUAUGUAACACCACGUGACCCAGGUUUGACACGAUAUAUCCAUAAAACUGUACAGUAAUUCAUGUAUAAUAAAUAUAUUUUUUAUACUUAUUUAAA